CAACCUAUUAUCCCACAGACAUUGUCAUAGAGAAUGGCGGACCUCAAAGAGAACAACAUGUCGUUAGGAAAAAAAAUAUAUGAAGACAUUGUAAUAGUGGUUUCAGACCAGAAAAACGACAAAAAAGAAGUUCUAGGGGAGGUGGUGAGAAUCCAAGCUGUGACGGACUGCCAAAAUGUGGUAAAUCCGAUGACAGAUGAUCCUUACGAAUGUGAACCUCUGGUCCACGGUGUCAGAAUCAAGGAAAAGAGUCAGGGUUACCCAGACGACGGGUCAGAUGAUGCCCGUGUUGGCGUUUGCGUUAAUAGUAAUGGAACCAGAUUUAAACAUGCCUUACAAACCACUGGGAAAGUUUUACUGGUACUUGGGUUCCUGUAUUUCUUUAUAUGCUCACUGGGACUUCUGGGUGCAGCAUUCCAGUUGCUUGGUGGAAAAACUGCAGGAAAGGUGUUUGAACAAUCAGAACUGCUUAGUAACCCUGUUGCCGGGUUAAUGAUUGGUAUCUUGGCAACUGUUUUGGUUCAGAGUUCAAGUACAUCCACCAGUAUAAUAGUUACUAUGGUAGCAUCAGGAAUUAUUGGUGUGAGACCAGCCAUACCAAUGAUCAUGGGAGCAAAUAUUGGUACCAGUGUAACCAACACAGUAGUAUCCAUGGCUCAAGUUGGUGACCGGAACCAGUUCAGAAGAGCUUUCUCUGCAGCUACAGUUCAUGAUAUGUUUAACUGGCUGUCCGUUAUCAUUUUACUGCCAUUAGAGUGUGCUACAGGAUAUUUAGAGAAACUGACUGGUGAGUUGACAAAAUCUUUUAAAGGAAGUAGUUUUAAAGGAGGAAAACAGGAUUUCCUGAAAGUUAUCACUAAACCACUCACUAAACUGAUUAUUGAGCUGGACAAGAAAAUAUUGAAGAAAAUUGCUGUUGGCGACAAAAAUUAUGAAGAUAAAAGCUUGAUAAAGAGGUUCUGUGUCAAAGAAGCAGAUAAGGGUGUUUGGAAAUCCAAUAUGACUGCCACUGUUACCACACUCAAUUCAACAAUGAAUGUUACUGAACCGGGAGGUCCCGGAUGUGCAUCCUUAUUCAGCAUUCUGGACUUAAAUGAUACAGUGUCUGGUGUAAUCUUGCUGAUUUUCUCCCUUGUUGUGCUUUGCUGUUGUUUAGUGGGCAUGGUAAAGGUACUUAACUCUAUGAUGAAGGGACCAAUAGCCAAAGCUUUAAAGAACAUAGUAAAUGCAGAUUUCCCAGGAUGCUUUAAGUUUUUAACAGGAUAUGUAGCCAUGUUGGUUGGGGCAAUAUUAACUGUUUUAGUUCAGAGUUCAUCUGUAUUUACAUCAACACUGACUCCGUUGGUAGGACUUGGAUUAAUUAAAGUUGAUCGAAUGUACCCUCUGACUUUGGGAUCAAAUAUAGGUACAACCAUGACAUCGGUGUUAGCAGCAUUUGCAGCAUCUGAAAAUAAACUGGAUGUAGCACUCCAGAUAGCACUUUGUCAUUUCUUCUUCAACAUUUCUGGAAUUUUGAUCUUUUAUCCAGUUCCUGUAAUGAGAAGAGUACCAAUUAGAGCUGCCAAGUUUUUGGGAAAAAUAACCUCCGAGUACAGAUGGUUUGCGGGAUUGUACAUUGUAUUGUCUUUCUUGGUGUUGCCUGUAAUGGUAUUUGGAUUGAGCAUGGCUGGACAAAUUCCGUUUAUAGUUGUAGGAUCCAUUAUAGUUUUCAUUAUCUUUAACGUAGUAGUGUUGAACGUGUUACAGAGGAAAAAACCAACCUGGUUACCUUCAUCAUUAAGGAAUUGGGAUUUCUUGCCAGAAUUUUUGCAUUCAUUAAAACCAUACAAUAAAGUGUUCACUGCCUGUUCUAUAUGUUUCUGUACAAGUUGUCAGAAAAAGGACACAGUAUAUAAUUCUCUGCCAUUGACAGCUAGUGCUUCAAGUUCUCCUAAUAGUAGCUCAAACAGUAGUAGAUUUCCAAGCACAGCAAAUUCAACAGUUGAUCUUCUAAUCAACCGUGUAUGAUGAUACUUUUGAUUUAGUAAUGCACAUACAUGUAUUUAUUUAUUGUCUGGUUCUUUUUUUUGUGUAAUUAUUUUAUACAUAAUAAAAAUUAAGUUAAUGAUGGAAAAAAAAUACUAUAAAAUUGGACAAAACAAUGAAUAGAAAAUAAAACAAGUUUUGUCUUGUCAGUAUUUUAUUAUCGAUUAGUCCUUCCGAUAUAUUUAUUUGCAUAAUUUUAUUUUUAAAAUAACUAAAGGAUAAUCAUCAAAUUUUAGUGCUAUUAUCUAUAUAAGUUAAUGUGAAUCUCAUAAUGAGACGGCAGCUAUAUUUAUUUUUCUAUUGAUGAAAUUAACAUUAUUUCAAUUUAUGAUAGAAUUAAGUAUUACUGAUUUUUUUGUUUAAAUGUUUACUUAUGUUGAUACGAGUAUUCUUGUUUUUAUAUUUCUGACCGGUUUGGCUAUUUUGGAAAACAGAUAUGCUAAAUCUAUCCAAAACAAUAUAGUAUCAGUACAUUUGUACAUUAACAAUUUUUCUUUGGACUCAAACAGAAGCUAUAUUACAGGUAAAUGAAAUGUUUAUAUACAUGUACAUGUUCAGCAUUUGAAAAUUGCUCCAAAUUGUGUUUACUUUGUCAGAUUUUUUUUGAUAAAUAUUAACCUACAGUAAAGUAUAGAAGAACAAGCAACAAGCAUAUGUGUCCGAUAGUUUGUUGUAAGAGCAUUUUUUGUCUGUGUUGUUGGUGCUUUAUACUAUUUCAUAUAUAUAUAUACAUUAGAUCUCUUUGGGUAUUCAUCAAAGACUAAUACAUUGUACUAGUUUUCCAAAAUUAGACUAAACUUUCAGUUAUUGAUUCAAACUUCAAUUGUUUAGUAUUUUAAUUAACAGACGUAAGAUUUCAAAAACUGGUCACUAGGUGAUCAUGAUUGUUUAAUACAUGUAUGUUACAAUUGUAAAUGAAAUUGAGUGAAAUUUCAAAAAUGUGCCAGCUCUAAAUGAUCUGAAAUCACACAAGUGUUCAAUAUGAUAAUUUCAAGACGGCUUUUCACUGAGUUUGAUACUAAAGCAAAGAUCAAGCUUUUGUUAUUGUUCAUGCUACCUUUUCAGUAUAUGCAUUUUAAGUACAAUCAUUUUUUACUGCCAAAUUCAGAUUUAUUUUAAACUUGUUCAACACAUCAAGCAUUUGAAGAAAAAAGACUGAUAUAGGUCUACAGGAAGUUUGAUACUGUUCACAUUGGAUAAAGUGAAUAAAUGUUUUUUUGUCAGAGUUCCCAAUAUUUGUGAAUAUGUAUGUGAAAUGAAUGAAAUGCAAGUUGCCAUGCUAAAACAGUGCAUAUGGAUGGUACUUUUAGAUUUAUUGUUAUCAACUUCCUUGUAGUGUUUAUGUGGUAUGUGUGUGUAUGCUUGAGUGAAAUUGUUGUCAUAUUUGAUAUUUUAAAGUGCACAAUUUUAUGUGUAGUGAGAAAGCCUUUCAAAACAAGUGUAAAACCUGGUAUUUCACUGAAUAACUGUUUACCAAAUAAUUGUUAAUGUUAACUUUUUUAUUUAUUGAUUAAAAUUGAAAACUG